AAACACUCAAAUCCCCUAUUCUUUCCUCUCCUCUCUCAUUUUGCUAACUCAAUCUCUCUCUUCUCAACUUAUUCACCUCACUCAAUUCACUCAAUCUCCUCCAUUUCACCACCCUAAUUCCAAAAAGUUCCCCUCUUUCUCUCUCCUCUGAGUCGCAUCAAUGGUAGAGGACCCAAUUUAGGAUGUCUUUUGUACGAAUCUCGAUACUCGGAAGUGGAUAUGGCGGUGAUGUUUCAGGUAAAAAACAUCACAGUACAUUAUGGGGCAAAUUGGAUAUGCUCUUGUUCCCAUGAUUGCUAGGGGAGUGAUGCUAGGUGCCGACCAGCCUGUGAUUCUACACAUGCUUGAUAUUCCUCCUGCUGCUGAGGCUUUAAAUGGAGUUAAAAUGGAGCUGGUGGAUGCUGCUUUCCUACUUCUUAAAGGUAUCGUUGCUUCAACCGAUGCUGCUAAAGCCUGCAAAGGUGUAAAUGUUGCUGUCAUGGUUGGUGGCUUCCCAAGGAAAGAAGGCAUGGAGAGGAAGGAUGUGAUGGCAAAGAAUGUGUCAAUCUACAAGUCUCAAGCAUCUGCUCUUGAGCAACAUGCUGCCCCAACUGCAAGUUUUGGUUGUUGCCAACCCUGCCAACACCAAUACCUUGAUUCUAAAGGAAUUUGCUCCAUCAAUCCUAGAAAAGAACAUUUCAUGUCUUACAAGGCUAGAUCACAACAGGGCCCUUGGCCAGAUUUCAGAAAGACUUAGUGUUCAAGUAUCUGAUGUUAAGAAUGUGAUCAUCUGGGGAAACCACUCAUCAUCCCAGUACCCUGAUGUGAACCAUGCAUCCGUGGUGCUGCCAUCAUCAAAGCAAGAAAGCUCUCCAGUGCCUUGUCAGCUGCUAGUUCAGCUUGUUAUCACAUCCGUGACUGGGUCCUUGGAACUCCAGAGGUACUUGGGUUUCUAUGGGUGUGUACUCUGAUGGCUCAUACAAUGUACCAGCUGGAAUCAUUUACUCUUUCCCAGUGACAUGUAAAGAUGGAGAGUGGAAAAUCGUAAGGUUGUGUUGGCCACAAAUAUUGCAGACUCUUCUCUGAUAAUUGAUAUGAUGGGAUUAAAUAUGUUAUAGAUCCAGGAUUCAACCAUGCAUGUAUAUGAGACCGAGUUCAGAACAGAGUGGUGCCGAACUAAUUCUACAGUUGCUCCUUUGUUUUUGCGGGAAAAUGUAUAUGAGAAAGACAAGGGUUUCAAUUUUUGUGAGAAUUUUUAGGGCUUUAUUAUAAGACUUUGGGCGGUUGGUUUGUGUAAAUGUUGUUUUUGCGGGAAAAUGUAACUGGCGGGAAUUCUUUUUUUUUUUUGAAAGGAUCUUUGUUUUAGUUUUAGUUUUAGUUAUUUGGAAAUAAUUAAAGCAGCUUUUGCUGAUUGUAUAUUACUCGUUAA